UCGUACAUCCAUCACUUCGCAGUGCAAAUCCAAAACAAGCGCUAUAGUACCAAGUGUAUCUUUACUUAAAAGUGACUCACAGAGUAUUAAAUAUAUACUCACUUGUUAAAAAAUGGAUUUCUGGAUUUGGUGUUCUUUGAUCAUUCCGAUACUUGUAUACACAGUUACCAAAGUGUUUAGCCAACUGUGCUACUUCUCGAAAUGGGGGAUACCACACCCACUAGAGUUACCGAUCGUCGGUGUCAUGCACAUGCUGUUCCUGCCACGCCGACACGUAAACGACUUGAUCAAGUGUAUCUACAAUACAAACAGGCAGGCUAAGUACGUUGGGGCCCACGUGUUUCUGUCAUCAACGAUUUUCGUUCGCGACCUCGAUCUCAUUAAGUCCAUCCUCAUAAAGAACUUUGACCACUUUGCUGAUCGCAAAACUUUCGUCGACGAGAAGGUGGACCCACUCUUUGGACUUAACCUCAAUUUCUUAAAUGGUGAUCGCUGGCGUGAAAUUAGAAACAUACUUAGUCCUUCCUUUACAUCAAGCAAGAUGCGAUCGAUGUACGCGCUUAUGUCGGACUGUGCCAAAAAGUUUUCCGAUGCUUUCAUUAAGAUUCACAAAGACGAGGAUGACAUAGAUAUCAAAGACGCGUUUUCCAAGUAUACGAACGACGUUAUCGCUAGCUGUGCGUUUGGAAUUGAAGUGGACAGUGUUAACAAUCCUAAUAAUGAGUUUUAUCUCCGUGCCAAGGAAGUAGCUGUUUUCAAGGGUUCCACGAACCUUAAGCUUCUUCUGGAGCUACUGUUCCCAGAUCUGACUAGGAAAUUUGGCAUGCGAAUCGUAUCGAAGAGACUGACCGAUUUCUUUAUCAACGUGAUCGAUACAACAAUAAAAGCCAGAGAGGAGAAGGGAAUCGUCCGACCCGACAUGCUCCAACUGCUAAUGGAAGCCCGAUCAACAAUGUCCAAAGAGAGAGCAGCCAAGUUUAACCUUACUGAGAUGACAGCUCAGGCUUUUCUAUUUUUUCUUGCGGGUUUUGAAGCCAGCGCCACCCAGAGUAGUCUCAUGGCAUUCGAGAUGGCUCUGAACCCCGAUGUCCAGUCCAGAGUUCAAAUCGAGAUCGACGAGGUGAUGUUAGCAACGAAAGGUAGGCCGACCUAUGAUGCGAUUGGUAACAUGACAUACCUAGAUGCCGUGUUCAGUGAGACUUUGAGAAAGCAUCCCAUAGCCUUCUUGAAUAGAUUGUGUUCAAAAGAGUUUGAACUGCCACCAGCAAUACCUGGGGCUAAACCUUACAAAAUGACACCUGGUAUGGGUAUCAUGAUACCAGUUGCCGGCAUACAUGCCGACCCUGAUCUAUACGAUAAUCCGGACAAGUUUGAACCUGAAAGGUUCAUCGGUAAAAAGUCAACUUCAACCGAUGUGUCAAACUUGGGGUUCGGCAUGGGACCAAGAAUGUGCAUCGGUAAUCGGUUCGCCAUUUUGGAAAUAAAGGCACUAUUCGUCUACCUGUUGGCCAAGUGUACACUUGUUCCUUGUGGAAAAACAUGCAUACCAUUUGUUUACCAGAAAAACUUGUUUGCUGCAAUGCCAGAAAAUGGAUUUUGGCUGAAAAUUGAGCCAAGAAACAAAGCCUAAAAUAGCUGUUAAAUAUUUGCUUAAAUUGUUUUUUGUUAACUCGUUGCUUUAUUGUUUGUGUAAGAAGAUUUUCCAGUGCUGGUUUGAGGUGCAAGAGAAAAGAGCUUUUAACUAUUUUUAGGUUGUGUACGCAAGUGAAUCUCUUACAUUGUAAGAUUGCACAAUUUUUAUACUUUGAAAAUUUUUGAAAACUUUCCAUUGGAAUGUUUUAUGUAUAUAUUUCUUAAUGGAUGUUCUAUUAUUCAUUAUACUUUAAUAAAG